AUGUCAAAGACUGUCAUAGGUGGUAAAUGGCAGAAGUCAAAAGGAACAAGAACAAUGACAGAUUCUAAUGUAGACAAAGCAGUAGAGAGUCAACGAGAUGGUGAUUUCAGUUUUGCUUGUCAUAGUUUUAGAGGGAACAAAAAAAUGGAACAUGACGAUGGAUUAUCGUAUACUAUUGUCGAUGGAUCUAUGGCGGAGGUUAUUAUACCAUAUAGAGACUUAGAGGAUGCGUAUGCUAAUGAAGGUCCCUCUGAUAUGGAGGAAGCUCUUCGAUUAGAUGUGGAAGAUAUUGAAAAGGAAUUAAAUAGUAGGGACAUGGUAGUUGAUGAUGGAAGUGAUAUAACAAAUGGAAAUAUAGUAAAUCAUGUAUUUGUGGAUGAACCAAGUGAGAAUGGUGAUGGGGGAGAAAAUUUGUUUGUUGAUGAUCCAACGGAACACUUUGACAAUCCUGUUGAGCAUAAUGAGGAACUAUGUAUUGGGAAGUAUUUUGCCAAUGCAAACGCUGCAUAUGAAUUUUAUAACAAUUAUGCUCGGAAUAUGGAAUUUAGUGUUCGGAAAUCUAAAGUGGAGAGGUCAAGGAAAAGGAAAGAAGGAAUGGACGUGGAUGGGGAUGUCUUGUCUCGCAUGUAUGUUUGUAGUAGGGAAGGUUUUAAGGAUUGCAAAGAUAAAAGACAAGAAAGGAAAGAUGUUACUCGUCGAGCUGAUAGUAGAGUUGGUUGUCCUGCUCGUUUGCGGGUAAAAUCAAUUGAAGGGGGCUUGGUUGUUGACCAAUUUAUUUCAGCCCACAACCAUAGCCUCGUGGAACCCGCUGAAAUUUAUCGGCUUCGCUCACAUCAAUGGCUCUCAGACUUGGUUGUACAGAUUGCAAACACUCUAGAUGAUUGUGGUAUUGGACCGGCAACUAUUUAUGAGGUUGUGAAAUCUAUGUCUGGUGGGGCCUCCAAGGUGGGUUUGCCAGAGUUGGCAUUUAAGAAUUUUAUGAAGAGACAAAAUCAGAAGUUUCUUGGGAUGGACUUAAAAAAGUUAAUAGAAUAUUUGCACCAUUCCAAACUGUGUGAUCCUCAAUUCUUUUGCAAAAUGGCUACAACAGAUGAUGGUACUAUACGGGGUAUCUUUUGGGUUGAUGGGGCGGCGAGGGCUGCAUAUCAUGUAUUUGGGGAUGUAGUGGUAUUUGAUACAACAUACAAGAAGAAUCGAUAUCACUUCCCGUUUGGUCCCUUUACCGGAGUAAAUCAUCAUGGUCAAAGUAUUUUGUUUGGAUGUGGGUUGGUAGCUGAUGAGACAAUUGAGUCGUUUAUUUGGUUAUUCUCUACAUGGUUGAAAGCAAUGGGGGAUCAACCACCAGUUGCAAUUAUUACAGACCAAUGUCCAUCAUUGUUGACGGCCAUUCCACAUGUGUUUCCUAGGGCAAAGCAUAGGUAUUGCUCUUGGCAUGUGCAAAAACAUUGCAUGGAACACUUGAGCCAUUUGUAUGGGACGAGUCAGUCAUUCAAACAGGAUUUUGGGAGGUGUAUAUACGGUAGUAAGACGGAGAUUGAAUUUGAGACACGUUGGCAAGAGUUAUUAGUAAAUUAUAAUCUCGUUGAACAUGCGUGGCUGAAGAAAAUGUACGAGCAACGGGUGCAUUGGGUACCACUAUAUCUAAGAGGUACUUUCUUUGCCGGCAUGUCAUCUACACAAAGAAGCGAGGGGAUGAACUAUUACUUUCGCGGUUACUUUAAGCAAUCAAUCCCAUUGUACAAGUUUGCACGACAAUACGAAAGGGCUGUAGAGAGACGUCGGGAGAGGGAAGCUAGUAGUAAUUUUGCUUGUAUAAACACAAACCCUCCAUUGUUAGUUGGUAGUCCUUUGGAGGUGCAUGCAUCUAAAGUGUACACAAGGAAGAUUUUUGAAAUCUUUAAGAAACAUUGGUCUCAAACACUAGGAUUGACAGCCUCGUUAAUGGAAGUACAUGGUCAAAAGCAAAAAUAUUUGGUGGGUCCCUUUGAUGUUCCCGAAGAGUAUAAGUGUGAAGUUUGGUUUGACCUUGAUGCCGGUGUUGUCACUUGUAGCUGUAAAUUGUUUGAGUUUAUGGGUUUGUUAUGCAAACACAUCUUGCGAGUCUUCCAUAAGACGGACCUCAAGGAGAUACCUUCCCAAUAUCUCCUAAAACGGUGGACCAUGGAUGCAAGGCAUUAUUUGUCGAGUCACAAAGAAGUAAGUGAUGGAGGUUUUGGAUCAGUAACAAGUAUGUGGGCUUUCCAAGAUGCCGUUAGGCGUUUGAUAGCCACAAUCAGUGGUUCACAAGAGGCAUGUGAUUCUGCUACGGUUGCAUUGGGGAUUGUGAAUCAGAAAAUCUUACAAGCAAUGGGUGAAUCCAAUUCACAAACUUUUGGUGUUGACCCACAACCCUCUGCCAAUGCUACACAUGACCUAUAUCGUAAUCUCCAUAUUCCUAUGGAUGUGGUUACAAAGGGUCGGCCUAAUGAAAGUCGUAGUAAACAUCCAAUGGAGAUGACAAGUGGAAGGAAGAAUAGAUGUGGCAACUGUAAGGAGUUAGGGCAUAACAAGUCCACUUGUAAGAAGGUAGUAUCAGCAUCGGCAAAUGAUUUCAAUGGCCAGUGCAAUGAAGAAUAG